CCUUUGCCCCUUCCGGAAAAGAUGAUCCCGUUCGACCAUGUGACCUGCCAUAAAACCUUUAACCCGAAGCCGGCAGCCGGCAUUGACCCGACCUGAAGCUAGGUAAAAAGCUAGAAUGUUUAAAUGGGGUUAAAAAAACAAAAAAAAGAACAAAGCGCUAGUCUUAUCUUAUCGACAACGCAAUGCCACUUCGUCGUUAUCAGAUAAAAAUUCAUUAUUUGGGGAAAAGAUGACCUGAGAGGAAAUGGCUUUUGGUCAGGUUCAUCUUCAACCCAACCAGCGAGCUACCUAGGUUAGGAGCUUAAAAGCUACAGCUUUGCAAACGUCACCGACGACUAUGAAUUUAAUAAUAUAGUUUCAAACGAUACCCCCGCCCAAAAUGCCUCCAAGGUGUACUCCUCCGGGCUCCGGCAUAUUCCUGCCGUUCCUCUACCCGACCCUCUUUCGAUCCGCAUCCUCGCGUAUAAUCGGCCGGGCGAAAAUCACCACCACAGUCCUACACUCCUCUAGCCCCUCCCCCUCCCCCUCCCCGAAUUCUACCCAGCCCUCGUCCUCAAGCGACGCCCUGCCCUCCUCACGCCUCAACCCGGCGCCGGACGACUACGCGAUAUCGACCUUUGCGGACAAGGCGCGCAUCACGGUGCACGCGGGGGGCGGCGGUCAUGGCUGCAUCUCGUUCCUGCGGGAGGCCUUUCUCGCGAACGGCCCCGCGAACGGCGGCGACGGCGGGCACGGCGGCAACGUGUACAUCCAGGCCGUGCACGGCGAGACCUCGCUGCACAAGCUGGCGCGGCGCCGCAUCCUGCGCGCGGGCCGCGGCAAGACCGGCCAGGGGGGCAACCGCGGCGGCGCCCGCGGCGACGAUGUCGUCAUCCAGGUGCCCGUGGGGACCGUGGUCCGGGAGCUCAACCGCAUCGACCCCGUCGUCGAGGAGAACAUCCGGUACCGCGAGGCCAGGGCGCGCGAGCGCGAGUACGAGCGGCUGGUGAGGGAGUCCGAGGCCGAGGACGUCGAAGAGGCUAUCCGCGCUGAGCUCCCCGAGGCCCCCGAGCACCCGCACUUGGACAAGUUCCUCCUGUACCCCGGCAUAUCGAAUACCGAGCGCCGCAGCCUGACGCUGCCCCGCCUCCCGCGCCGCGACCGCUUGUACGUCCAGCCCGAAGCCCCCAUCUAUCUCGACCUGUCGGCGCCGACGCCGCAGCCCAUCCUGCUAGCCGCGGGCGGGAUAGGGGGCCUGGGCAACCCGCACUUCGUGUCGAAGGAGCGUCCGCGACCGCUCUUCGCGACCAAGGGCGAGCGCGCCGUAAGUCUGCAGCUGGAGCUGGAGCUCAAGCUCCUCGCCGACGUGGGUCUGGUGGGGCUGCCCAACGCCGGCAAGAGCACGCUCCUGCGCGCUCUGACGAAUAGCCGCGCCCGCGUCGGCAACUGGGCCUUCACGACCUUGCAGCCGAACAUCGGCACCGUCGUGCUCGACAACCACAAGGGGCGCCCCGUCGUGCCCCCGCCGAAACCCUCGCCCCCGGCCCCGCACGCCGUCAUCCGUGACGCCAAGUACGGGUCGGUAGUCAUCUCGCAGCGGGACCAGCUGGGCGCGCCGGCAGGCUAUUACGGGACGGGGCCGGCGGCGCCGGAGCCGCGGACGCGCUUCACGAUCGCCGACAUCCCGGGGCUCAUCCAGGGCGCGCACCUGGACCGGGGCCUCGGCAUCGAGUUCCUGCGACACGUGGAGCGCGCGGGGGUCCUGGCGUUCGUCGUGGACCUGAGCGCGGGCGACGCCGUGGAGGCCCUCAAGGCGCUGUGGACGGAGGUCGGGCUGUACGCGCGGAUGCGCGAGGACGAGGAGCGGGACCGGGAAGCCGCGGGCCGCAUCGAUUGGGAGGGGGACGGUAGCAGUUCCCCGAGCGCCCGGGCUGCCGGUAGGAAUAUGACGGGCUUCGGCGGCGGCGGGCACAUGAUGGUAACGUCGAAUUUCCCGGAGCCGAUGCCCGGCGAGGAAGGCGGGUUGCACAUCGCGGCGAAGCCGUGGUUCGUGAUCGCCACGAAGGGCGAUUUGGAAGGGACCCAGGAGAACUACGCCCGGCUGAAAGAAUACCUAGAUGCCGUUACGGAUGGGCGGGAACCGCAUCCUAGCGGAGUCGAGGACGCGUGGAUCGAGGACUGCGCUGCGAUACCCGUGAGUGCUAUUAAUGGACACGGCAUGGGCAGGAUCAUACACUGGAUAGUAGGAUUAUUAGACGAGUCAUGAACAGAAUAAAGAGAGAGUGACUCGGAUCUCGGAGCUGUGGACGGAUGCAUUUUUUAUACGUGGCAUGCAUGUAUGUACCUAUACUGCUAAAGUCCGAAUCUGCUAUAAUGUACAUAGAACGACUUAUUCCCAUAAUGAACCUCGUAGCAAGU